AUGGCAUCGCCUUCUAGGACCGCCGGCUUUUCGACCAUGACCAAGGUCCUCCACCAACACAACGCCGCUAACAACAGCAGUAGCAAUAACAGCACCAGCACCAGCCAACCAGAGACACAUUUUGGAUUCCAGAACGUGCCCGAGAGCAUGAAGGAGGCUCUUGUCAAGCAGGUGUUCGCCAACGUCGCAUCAAAGUACGACAUCAUGAACGACGUGAUGAGCGGUGGAGUCCAUCGUCUCUGGAAGGACCAUUUCAUGCGCACCCUGGCUCCCACUCCCGGAACCAAACUCUUGGACGUUGCUGGAGGCACUGGUGAUAUUGCAAUGCGCUUCUUGGACUACUGCAAGGAAACGCAUGGAGAUAGCACUGCUCAGGUCACUGUCUUUGAUAUCAACCCCAACAUGUUGGAAGUCGGCAAGGAACGCUUCACCAAGACCCCCUACCACAACACCUCGCAGGUGUCGUUCAUGGAGGGUAACGCAGAGAACUUGGAGCACAUCCCCGACAACUCAAUGGACGCCUACACGAUUGCAUUCGGAAUCCGUAACUGCACCCAUGUCGAUCGCGUUCUCAAGGAAGCCUACAGAGUCUUGAAGCCCGGUGGACGGUUCAUGUGCCUCGAGUUUUCCAAGGUCGAGAAUCCCGUCAUUUCCAAGGUUUACGACGUGUUCUCGUUCGACGUGAUCCCAACAAUGGGCCAGAUUGUCGCCAACGACAGAGACUCGUACCAGUACCUCGUCGAGUCCAUCCGCAAGUUCCCCCCUCAGAAGGAGUUUGCAAAGAUGAUUAAGGACGCCGGAUUCACUGUCAUGGGACAGGGGUAUGAGGACCUCACCUUUGGUGUUGCUGCCAUCCACUCUGGAUUCAAGCUUUAG